GCGUUAACCAAUGGUUUAAAUAGCCUAGAGACGAAUCGUACUUUUAAAAGUUUAGUAAAACAAACUAAUGCGAGAGGCAAGCAGCAGAGAAUACUAAAUAUCUCCCUCCUCCAGCAGGGUCCUUUCCUGAUGUCGUUGAAGUCAAAGUGGCAAAGGCAUCAAAGUUAAUGGAAAAAAUGACUGAUUUAAGAAGCCGCAAGGAAUUCUACAAAUAUCUCACAGUUGAGCUGGUGAUCAUGGCGGGCACGGUCAUGCUGGCAUAUUACUUCGAGUAUACGGACACGUUCAACGUGCACGUGCAGGGCUUCUUCUGCUACGAGACCGCGUACACGAAACCCUACCUCGGACCCGAGGACACGAGCGCCAUCCCGCCCGCCCUGCUGUACGCGGUGGUCACUGGAGUCCCCACAUUGCUGAUCACCGUGACAGAAACUGUGUUGUUCUUGAUACAAUACACAUCAAAAGAUCUUGACAGUCGAGAGAAGACCAUGGUGACUGGGGACUGCUGUUACCUCAACCCAUUAGUGCGGAGGACUUUCCGUUUCCUUGGUGUAUACUUGUUUGGUCUUUUCACCACAGACAUCUUCGUGAAUGCCGGUCAGGUGGUAACGGGGAACCUGGCCCCUCAUUUCCUGACAGUAUGUAAGCCCAACUUCACAGCUCUGGGUUGCCAGCAAGCUCUACGCUAUAUCAGCCAUCAGGAAGCCUGCACUGGCAACGAGGAUGACAUCCUGCGUGCCCGCAAGACCUUCCCUUCCAAAGAGGCGGCGCUCAGCGUGUACGCCGCUGUCUAUAUGGCUAUGUACAUUACAUUUACGGUGAAAGCCAAAGGAACUCGUCUGGCUAAACCAGUCAUGUCUUUGGGUCUGAUGUGCCUGGCCUUUCUAACGGGUAUUAACAGGGUGGCAGAGUAUCGAAACCACUGGUCUGACGUCAUCGCAGGGUUUAUCAUCGGUGUGGCCAUCGCCACCUUUCUAGUGGUGUGUGUGGUCCAUAACUUCAAAGGCAAACAACUGCUGAAUGAGGAUCCCCCACAGGACCACCUAAACGACAAUCCAAUGGUCAGCUCGCCCAGGGUUGAGAGUCCGUUGGAGAAAUACAUCGCCUCACAGAGCUUGCGUUGGAUGAGUGCAAACAUAUGGAAGCCUGUUUCCGCCUCAGAGUAAGAAAAGGUAAUUGUGACUUUAUUUCUUGGAAUUGUGACACUAUAUUUCACUAUGUGACUUUUGGUAACACUCUACUGAAUACUUAAUCACUUAAUAUCUGCUAACACUUUAUUGUGAUGGGAACACGGGACAUUCUUCUGACUAGAAGUAACCCUAAGCCUAACACCUAACGCUUACCUAACAGUCUAUUAAUAGCAGAGGUGGGGGACUCGAGUCACAUGACUUGACUCGAGUCAGACUUAAGUUGUACAUUUUAGGACUUGAGACUUGCUUGACAAAUAUUAACAAAAGACUUGACUUUGACUUUACAUUCAUGACUUGAGACUUGAGUUAAAUGACUCGAAAUAACUUGUCUUUUGUUUAAUAAAUAUAUAUUUUUGAAUGCACCGCAGCCUAACCACGUGACACAGCAGGCAAGCAGGGAGAGCUAUCGUGAGCUCUCUCAUGGACAGAGCAUGCAGUCGUGACUGAACAUGGAAGGCGCUAUGCCAAGAAUAAUUACGUAAAAAAAAAAAACGUUUUGGACAUGUUAAGAGUUGACUUUGAAUUGGUUUUGUGUUCAUUAAACAGAAAAUUGGGGUAAAAUCAGUGCUGUCAGUGUUUUCCAGUUUAACGUCAAAAAUUGUUCGCUUGAACGAACAAUAACACAUAAUACCACAAAUGUCUGUUUUGUCGAGUAUCCUCAUUAGAGCAGCCUUGAAUGAGUUAAAUAAAGUCUUAAAUGAAAGUAAAUAGUUGUGAGAAAGUGGGAUGCGCGUGAGAUCUGUCAUGUGCGGCAGAUCUUAAAGUGACAGCAACCAAUGCUGUCUGUCAUUGAAGAACAAAGGUAACAGAGAAAAUUAUUAUUUAAUUUUUUGCAAGUGCAAUGCAUUGUAAAUGGUUAUUCACUGUUUUUAAGGAAAUGUCAGUUUUUUGCAAUAGCACUUAGUAUGUGUACAGUGUCUAAUUGGUCUUCAGUGUUAGACUUUGAGUGAAAAGCCUAUGGAUAGUUUAUUGGGAUGCACAUAUUGUACACGCACACAAAGAAAAAAAUCAUACAGGCUUGCAAACCCAACCAUGCACAUGCACAUGACUUGCCAGUGACUUGUUUGACCCACUUAACUUGAAUUGCUUGACUUAAAGCAGUGACGUGACUUGCUUGAGACUUGAGACUUACUUGUGACUUGCACAUGUGUGAGUUACUCCCACCUCUGACUAAUAGUCUACUACAGUCUACUAAUACUCUAAUGAGAGUUAGUUGACAUGUAGUUGCAAAGUUACUUAUUGUUAGUAGUUUAUGUCUAAAGUGUGGCUGAAGUCACUCAACUUGAUAGUUCACAAUUGCAACUUUAUUUUUCUUAAUUGCAACUUAAUAUCUCACUAUUGUACGGAAGAGGAUUAGGGCCAAGCAAUAAUAAAAAAAUAAAACCAUCUCGAGAUUAAAGUUGUUA